UUGAACGAAUUUUUUUCGAGCGGUUUGUUGUUGUUGUAUUUUUAAUUAAACCUUGAAAUAUUUUUUUAUUUUGCUUUUGACUUCCUAAAUCUUUAGCCAGGUGGAAUAGUAUUCUUAGUGUUUAGUUAACUCGGAUCGAGGUCUUGCCAUUGUAAGUUUGAAGUGGAAAAGCAUUUUAUUAACGUGCUUGAGUCUUGGCUAACGUCUGCGAGAUGUGGGAAAGAUUCAAGAUGGAAAGCAGUCCUUCUGUAGCGCUGGACCAUGGUUCCGUAGCCGUUGAAGCCAUCAGUUCAGUGGAAAACAGUGCGUCGCUUGCAACUCUUCCCGCGAAGGCGGCAAAACGUAAACGAGGCGCUCGCCAGGCUGCCCCGGUCACGAUGAAUCUGCGAUCUCGGAAGUAUUUGGUAUCCGUUAAAGAAACUGCUGAAAGCCAGAGCGUGCAGCCUUCGACUUCAACUGGGAGCACUAAGAAUGAAGCGUAUGCGCACACAAAAGUGGAGAACGCUUCGCCUUUGAGCCACUGUAAAAUGGAAGAUGCGAGGUUGGCCGAGAAGAAUGUUGAUGGAUCUGCUGAACCCGAUGACGAGAACGCCAAAGGCGAACUCUGCUUGCAUAGUAAUCCUGAAAAUAAUGCGCAGUCUGGGACAGCUGAGCAGACAUGUCUCGGAGCACUUGCGGAAAACGAAAGCCUGCGUGGCGACACAACCGACACUGCCCAGAACUGUAAACCUUGUUCAGGAUAUACGGAUGUUCCAUUGGGGAAUGCUGGCGUGAAUGCAGUCUUUAUCAGUGAAGAUGAACCGAAAGAUACCCCACCGGAACAUAUGUCAGUUAACCGAGAAGCUCCCGACGCAGAGGACGCUCCCCAGAUUGUGCGGCGUUUGCGGCGGCGGUCUAUUUAUGCUCCUUUGUUUGCGAAAACCUUUACAAAUGGCCGGAAAAAGCGCGACAACGAUCGAGCUAAAUCUUCGUCUUCGGACGGAACGCUGUCUGGUAGUGCUAGUCCUGUUCCAAGUGGACCGUCAUCUGGAGAGACGAGCAAUGAGUUGAAAGCUUCGUUGAGUAGCCCAGGUCGAAUCGUCAAGCGUCGACCAAGUCUGAGCAAUGUUAAUCAAAAUAUUCGUGCUGAAAUAGCAGAGAAGAAUUGCGAGGACAAACCUGUUGAUCACAGUGUGGAUGUUGGAACUCCGCAGAGCAGCGAUGUUGCUGGAUGUUCAGUUGAAUCUGACCUCUUAUCGGAAACAGUGCCAGCAAAGAAAAUACGGAGCCGGAGACGGUUAACGAUCUCAUCACCGGAAGUUGCUGGAAGAGUACUGCGUAAAAGAAAGGCUGCAUCGCCCGAAGAAACACACAAUGAUUUAGUAGUAUCGGCUUGUGGUCCUAUUCGUGAUUUCGAAUUUACUGGCUCUUCAGCUUCGUUGACCUUGAGUUCUUCUUCAACGGAUCUCUUGGAUCAUACAUCUGGACCCCGCGGAAUUUUAAAACGACAAGAACAUCCCCACAAACAUCGACGAUUGGCUUUUAUCGACGAAUCUGCUGAAGAUCGCGAAAGGCUGGCUCAAGAUCGUCGAGUGGAGGUCGAAGCAAACGUUGAUGAAGCACCUAUCCCGCAUUUAUUACCGCUGUGCCCGAGCACCCUUGCCACGGCUCAGUCACAAGAGGCCAAAUUAAGAGUGUCAAAUUUCCGUGUUUUGUCCUGGAAUAUAGCUGGACUAAGUGCAUUUUUGCAGAAAAACACGUGGCGAGAAAUCAACGCCUAUCUUCCAGAUGUCAUUUGCCUUCAGGAAACCAAAAUUCAAAGUAAUGAAUUGUUGGAAGGUCUGGGCGUGGACGUUGGGACAUCCUGCGCUUACUGGCACCAGAGUGUUGUCAAGGGGCAUGCGGGCGUUGCAUUGUUAUCAAAAUUCAAACCGAUUAAUGUGCUUUAUGGAUUUCCUCGAUCUAAUGGACGCACAUUUUCUGAAAAGGGACAUGUCAUCACGGCUGAAUACGACAGAAUGUUUGUGGUGAACGCAUAUGUCCCGAAUUCCUCCAUGAAGUUGAAGAAUUUGGAAGAACGUUUGGCUUGGGAUGUUGAUUUUCGGGGGUUUUUGGCCGAACUGCAAACUCGCAAGCCGGUGAUUGUAGCCGGUGAUCUCAACUGCGCUCGUUUGGACAUUGAUCUAACUUACCCCACAAAGAAUCACAAAAAUCCUGGAUUUACGGAGCAAGAGCGACAUAGCCUGGCUCAUACGAUGGAUGAACUGAGACUAAUUGAUGUUUACCGACACAUUUACCCAGAAGAAACCGGAGCUUACACGUUUUGGAGUAACCGCUCUAACGCUCGAAGCAAAAACAUUGGGUGGCGUUUGGAUUAUUUUCUAUUAUCCACCGCUUUGAGGGAAUCCAUUUGCGGCGUUAAACACUUCACAACGAUUGGAGGAAGUGACCAUUGUCCAAUAAUGUUGUAUCUCAACUUUCCCUAGAGCGAAAUGCAAUCUCGCCUGCCGAAAUUGACCUUUUUUGGGUCUAGCUUUCUGUAUAUGAAAAAGCCUACAGUUGUUGUCUGUUGAGAUCUUCCUGGGUCGCAUUACUUACUUACUUUACGCCUAAGUAUCUGAAAUUCAUUUUUUCGUUUUUUGAAGAUGUGAAUGGAUAAAUAGUAUGCCGUGUUAGUCGUUUCAGUAUUGCUUGUGAAUUGGACCAAAUUAGGGGCAGUCGAUUGCCUCAACCGUGUAUGGCUGCAGCGGGCGGUUGUCAGGCGACAGCAAAACGCCAUUCUAUGCUAUAAAAUU